AUACUUUAAGGGCACCAUUCUCAGACUAUACAUAAGCGAGUUCAUUGCUUCUUUUCUUAUAAUUAUGUUCACCAAAAUUAUGCUGAGAAAGGUCCAACAGACAGCGGAAACACAAGCCCGCGGCGGGCUAUCGGAGCGCGGGCGGGCCGUGGUCAGGGAAAUGAAUCGCGUUGGGCUGUAUGUCACUUGCUCAUAUUUUGGGUCACGGAUGCCCCUGACUAACAAUCCCAAGAAUAGCAGAUAUAUCUCCCAGCAGCGAGGAAGUGCAGUCGCAGGUUUUGGCUACUAGAUAGGCGCCAGUGAUCUUCUCUCACUCGUCGUAGUAGUAACUUCUAAGAUGAUGUCUCUUUUGUUUCUCUCAUGUGACUAACCACAAACAAGCUAUACUCCGUGCCCCCAUCCACGAAACACCAGCGACAGGAU